AUCUCUUUUCAUUCACAGCUUCAACCAUAGUAGCUUUAACUGUUUCAAUUCCCAAUUUGAAACCCUAGUUUCCUUCGGAUUGUCCUAUUUUUAGUCGGCCAUGGCACCAAAGGCAGACAAGAAGCCAGCGGAGAAGAAGCCUGCAGAGGAGAAAAAGUCCACGGUGGCAGAUAAGGCUCCGGCGGAAAAGAAGCCAAAGGCCGGAAAGAAGCUUCCGAAAGAGGGAGGUGCCAGCGGUGACAAGAAGAAGAAGAGAAGCAAGAAGAGUGUGGAGACAUACAAGAUCUACAUCUUUAAGGUUCUGAAGCAGGUUCACCCUGACAUUGGUAUCUCAAGCAAGGCCAUGGGCAUCAUGAACAGUUUCAUCAACGAUAUCUUCGAGAAACUUGCCCAAGAAUCUUCUAGGCUUGCUCGCUACAACAAGAAGCCUACCAUCACUUCAAGGGAAAUUCAGACCGCGGUCAGGCUUGUGCUGCCCGGAGAAUUGGCCAAACAUGCCGUCUCAGAAGGAACUAAGGCUGUUACCAAAUUCACUAGCUCUUGAACUAAGUAACCUCUUGCUUUCAGGAUUUUCUAUGUGUCUGUUAGGCCUAUUGAUAGAUUGAUUCGGUAGAUAUAUUUUUAAUUGAAGAAACAGUGUUGGGUUGAUCUUAUGUAUGGAAGGGUUGUGGUUGAAAUUGUAGGGUUUUAUUUUGUUGGUAAGGCAUAUGUAAUUGGUGUUGUGGGUAAUAUUAUAUUUUCAAAAUUCUGUAACUCCUGUGCUUAUGUGUAAAGUAACCAUUGGUAAA